GUUUUGGCAUAUUUUGAGCACAAUAUUUAAGGGGUUUGGAUACUUGGUCGUCACUCAAGGUCACCAGAAUCAUCUGGUCACUCUGUGUUGCAAGAUCAGUUUUCAUUAAAUCAAAUAAAAUCAGUUGGCGGGAUAUGAAGUUUAAUAUUUGUUUUGUUUUGGGUGGACCGGGUGCUGGGAAAGGUACAGUAUGCCAGCAAAUUGUGAAGGAAUAUGGAUUUGUACAUUUAUCUGCUGGUGAAUUACUUCGACAAGCUCGCGAUUCACCAGGUUCUGAAUUUGCUAGUGAAAUACAAGAACACAUGAAAAAUGGGACAAUCGUACCGGCUGAAAUUACCUGUGGCUUAUUAUAUCAAGCAAUGCGAAAAAAUUCUGAAAAUGCUAAUUGUACAAAUUUUCUUGUGGAUGGUUUUCCACGUAAUGAUGAAAAUCGUUUGUGUUGGGAAAAAGAUUUGGGCCCUCAUACGAUAUUAAAAAAUGUCAUUGUUUUAGAUUGUCCAGACGAUGUAUGUAUCCAACGUUGCCUUGGACGAAAGUCAAAUCGAGUGGACGAUAAUGAAGAAACAUUAAAGCAUCGUAUAAAACAAUUCAAAGAACAAUGUAUGCCAAUUAUUCAAUUCUAUGAAGCACAAAAUUUGGUGACCAGAAUUAAUGCAAAUAAGUCUAUACCUGAGGUAAUAUUUUAUCAUACGAUUUUCUGACUAUUUUGUGUUAACAAAUUAGUGAAUGUGUAGUUAUAGUAAGCGUUCAAUCAUAUUAUUUUGUUGUACAUAUUGAAGCCCAAAUAUUCUGUUACUUCGAGUAUUCUAAACCGAGUCAAAUCACAUAUUCUCCGAGAUUAGCGCCAAGUUUAUUAUAUGGUCGACUACACGCAAUGAUUUGAUGGGAGACAAAUUUCGGAAGUUUAGUAUUCUAGUCUGUUAAUCUCAUUGUAAUUGUCAAAUUUACCGACAGAUCCCAUUCUCAGAAUAUUUCUUAUGGUAAGUGAACAGAGGUAACUGGCCGGACCGUUUCAUAUAAUAGUGCAUCCCUCUACCAUAAUGGCCCGAGUAUUCAUCCAACCUGGAUAGAUUAUCCAAAAAACUACAUUCGACCUUAUUUAUUUUCCGUACAAACUACACACAUACAAUUCCAACGACACUACUUCAUAUAACAAAUUACAUUUUUUUUAUACCCACCAUCACACAUACAAAUAAUCAUAGUUGUCUCAUACAAAAUGACCUUGACCACAACUAACGUGAAAUUGACAUGUUCAGACCUAUUAUGGUCACAAUUGAUUGAUCACGGGGUGGUGAUCAGUGUCAUGUGUGUCAAUUCCUUCUUAGUGCAGAUCGAAUGCUAUCGACUAAGUUGCAAUGUGGCCAUCAGUCUAGUUGGCUCGACACUUCAUGCGCUAUGUUGAGACUAGAUGGUUGGAGGUAGUCGACAGGAAACCCUGGACCCAGGGUUUCAUGCUACUUGGCACUCGUCAGCAAGAUGAACCUGUAAUCUUGAGGGAACCGGUUCACCUGAUGGAUUCGAUCACGUGUCACCCAGCUUCACAGUCAGAGACGUUACCACUGAGCUAUCCGGGCUGCGACCAACCCCCUGUAGGACUGAGAUGUCACAAUUAAUCAAGUCACGAAACAUAAGGUAUACAAUUUUAUACUCAUUGGGAUAUCACAAAAAAAUAAUUAUUCGAUUAUAUAAAUUAUAAGUUUAGGGGUUGUGGAGAUUGUUAAAUUUUUGAUUGAGAUCAUGAAUCGAUUGAUGUUAGACCACUUUUGAAAACCUGGAAGCACUGGACGGCCGUUUCGUCCUGUUGUGGGACUCCUCAGCAGUGCGCACCCACGAUCCCGCUCGCGGGAUUCGAACUCAGGGCUUUCAGUCUCGCGCGCGAACACUUAACCUACUGGACCACUGAGCUGGCAUCCAAUGUUGUUAAUGUCUAACACCAACCAAUCCACGAAUUGUAGUAAUGUAUUUAGUUGUGAAGUCUAAAUAUUCAGUGAGUGUACUUUGUAGACCUCUGCUAUGACGGAAAAUUGAUAACGUAACUGAGCUUUAGUGUACAAAUGUUAGGUAAAUCGAUCGACGAGUUCGUGUCUUUAUCGGUUGAGGUGAUUGAAACAUGUAACCAAAAAUCCCUGCCUCGAUGGGCAAUAUUGUCUGGAAUAGAACUAGGUAUAAUCAAACGGAGAUAUAGUAUCAUUCCAUAAGAAUGAUCAUCAACUGUUAUUCUGGGUAGUGUUUGCUGGUGUAGACUACCUGGUUAGGCACACUCAGUGGCUGUAGAUAUUAGGCAACAUGAUUCAAAAUCGGCUAAAAUGCCUCGAACCUAUCCACACUUUACCCCUCCUAAAUAUUAAGCUUCUUUAUUACUUAAAAUCUUUUAAUUCUUCAAAUCCAUUCCUUCUUUUCGAACUGCAUUCUAUAAUGUUUAAUCAUUCUCACUGUUAUUGAUACUGCUACUUGUUUAUUAUUCGUCCUGUUAACUUUUUUUGUGCUGAUGUGGUACAGUGAGUUGACCUAAUACAUUUAUAUCAAGAUCUGUGUUGAUCACGAUUAACUGGAAUUUCCUGUCCACCCAUAAUUAACUGGUGAAAUUUACUAAUAAUGCAGAAGCGGAAAGAUUUCCGUAUAACAUCGUGUACUUCGAGCAUUCGAUUACCAAGAUUUAUUUAAAUAAUUUUAUGAUUUUAAUCAAGCUUAAAACCUAAAUCUCUUUGAGAAACUCUAAUCAACUCAACUAUUAUUAUUGGUAUAAAAAAUAGUUGGAAUAAACACGUCAGCAUGUUUUAUUCAUAAAUUGAGAGUGAAAUACGCUUCAGUUAUUUAAUCAAAUGAAUCGUGUUACGAUUAUGGUUAAAUUGAUAACAUUCGACAAGAUUAAUCAAUCAGAAUCCGGAUGGUAAUUCUGUACCUUAAGUAAUACUUAUUUCGUAAAUGAAAUAUUAAAAGGUAAGCGUGGCCAAAGAUAAUAAUAGAGUACACAAUGUGAAAACCAUGCUGGAUAUUUUAUUUAUUUAAACACAAACAUUGGUACAAGAAGGCACCGAAUAGAUAUGCGCCACAUAAAUCAUUCAAUUGUGUGUGAGUUGCGAUACUGCCCGGGUGCCCAAACUAAAGCAGGUGGUUAUCUUAAGAGGCCACACACGGAGCCUCCGGCCUAAAGAUCUGAUCCACAAGGUAGUAGAGCAACUUUAGGAGAUGCAGUCCCAUGGUAGCCGGUGACCAACAAUGGGUUCAUACGCCAUUUGUUCCUUCAGGAUACUGGGGCCCAUGAGGACCAUUGGUUUAGAAUCAGGGUUUCCCAACUCCCCUAGAUGGACUCUACGUAUCCACCGACCCGGAUAAAGCGCCGGACAUCCGCUUUUUGUCCUCUACCGCGAGAUGGUAGUGAGUAGGACUUCACUGGCAGUGAUUGUAUGCACGCUGGAUAAUGGAUUAGAAUAAGCCCCUUAUUAAACCACCUUUAUAUUGGAUUAAACUGGAAACUAAGAUAUUGUCCUGUCCUUGUUAGCUUUCUAUAUACGGAACGUUUGAUGGAUAUUAUUAAUAAUAGUUAUUAUAUUAUUGGUGCAACAGUAUUCUCAGCACAAAGUAAUUCUUGAUCAACCCUGACGAUAAAUACUGAGUGAUCACCAAUUAGAUGCUAGCAGUUCAGGAAUCGACAUCUGAAUAUUGUACAUUAUUUUCGUUGCAUAUUGCCAGCAACCACGAUGUCUCUGAUUGGGUUUUUUUGUAACCUGCACAGCGAAAAGUUGUGAACUUUUCAUAAACGCACAAAAACAUAACUUUUUGAAAUAUUUAGAUGUCAAGAACAGGUAGCCCAGAUGUUCUAGCAGCUCUUAUACACAUAACUACACCAUAAGGGGUAGAAAAACUAAGCGACCGGUUUUGUUUAUCGCCGAACAUGUUUUUUCAAUAAUAUAGAAUAUAAUGUUUCUUUGUAUUUCAACAAAUAUUGUUACGAAUAUAGAACGUCUUUACAGAAUGUUUCUUUUUCACAGGUAUAUGAACAGGUUCGACAAAUGAUGAAAACCUUGAAUAUCAUCAGUUGCAAAUGAAGAACAGAGGAAAAAACCCUUAAUUCAACUUCCGUAUUUGUAUUUUACAAAUUAAUGCUAGUUGUAUUUGCUAUGACUUAUUUCUCUCUCUUCUUUAUUAAUAAAAAAGACAAUGUUGUUGCAUAAUGAUCAUUAUUUUAUAGUUGAUUCGACAUGAACAAACACACCAUGCACUGAUUGUUUCUUAUUAUCGACUCCAAGAAAAUCAUAUAAGUCAAGAUUAUUUUUCAUUGGGAAGAAAAUUAUUUAAGUAGCAGAACUAUGCGAAAAUGAAGUAUCAGUGUAAAAUUAAAAUGAUUAAUCUCAAAUAUUUCUAUUUGAAUACAAAGAAAUGAUUCAACUUUGACAGUUAUAACAGAAUCUUUUUUUUGUUUUGCAGAAAGAGAUGCGAUUUUCUUGUCUUUAUAUUCUUUGAUAAUCAUGUCAUAACGUGUAAUAAUAAUAAUAAUAUAUAUUGCCCAAUGAUUGUUAUUUCACAC